UAGUAAUUCGAUAUUUUGCGUUUUUGUUGUUUUGUAACAUUUUUGCUGGUGAUUUAUUGAAUAGUUGUUCUUACCUAAUAAAAAACGUUUACUAUUAUUCCUCAUAGUAUAUUGUAGAUAUAGUUACUUUGUUUUUAUGAACAUAACUUAAAUAAGUGAUUAAAAACUGAUAUUGCGAAUUGGACCUUUGAUUGUAUCGAUUGUUUUCACUCAGCUCUGAAAAUGACGGUGUAAUUUAUAAAAUAAAAUCAACAAACCUUGUGUGUUUAAUAUUCCUAACGGGAUAUAGAAAACAGAAGUGGCGUGCCUUGAGAACUGCGGAAUGAAUAUCGACAAUUCAUCAAGAGAAAAUUCGGAAUCACUGGAUUGUAUAGGAACGGAAGGCCCAAGGGAAAAAUAUAAUAUGAGAGAUAAAAAAGUUACCGUAGCAAAUGCCGAGGGCGCACGUCCCAAAGUUGUCACCGUUAAGCACCCUGAAUCAAAUAAGCCUAAACCAACUGCCAAGAAAAACAAACCCAUUCAAGCUGAUCUUGAUGUUAUCAAGGAGUUCAUCAGAUGUCGUGAUGAAGGAGUGAAAAGACUGGAUCUCAGUAAGUCAUCAAUAACCUCUCUGCCUCCUAAUGUUAGAGAUUUGACCCACCUUGUUGAAUUUUAUUUAUAUGGGAACAAAUUGGUAGCCCUUCCUGCGGAAUUUGGUUGUUUAACCAAUUUACAAACACUGGCAUUAAAUGAAAAUUCCCUCACAAGCUUACCAGAUUCACUUGCAAAUCUUAGAUCGCUUAAGGUACUUGACUUAAGGCAUAAUAAGUUAAGUGAUAUACCAGAGGUUGUAUAUAAAUUGACAUCUUUAACAACAUUAUUUCUGAGAUUUAAUAGAAUCAGAGUUGUUGGUGAUGGCAUAGCUAACUUGACAAACUUGACAAUGUUGAGUCUAAGAGAAAAUAAAAUCAAGGAAUUGUCAUCUGGGAUUGGUAACCUAGUGAACUUAGUAACAUUUGAUGUUUCUCAUAAUCAUUUGGAGCAUUUGCCUCAAGAGAUAGGUAACUGUAUAAAUCUUUCAACCUUAGAUUUGCAACACAAUGAGUUACUGGAUAUACCAGAUUCAAUUGGUAAUCUACAGGUUCUAACUAGAUUGGGACUGAGAUAUAACAGACUGACAUCUAUACCUGCUACAUUAAGCAACUGCGUACAUAUGGAUGAAUUCAAUGUUGAAGGAAACUCAAUAUCUCAAUUGCCAGAGGGCCUUCUCUGUAGUCUGAUAGAACUGACCAAUAUCACUCUGUCCAGGAACUCAUUUUUCAGUUACCCAUUAGGUGGACCUGCUCAAUUCACAAAUGUAUAUUCCAUAAAUCUGGAACAUAAUCAGAUUGACAAAAUUCCGUAUGGGAUGUUUACAAGAGCUAAAAACCUUACAAAAUUGAAUAUGAAAGAGAACAUUCUGACAUCUCUCCCCUUGGACCUUGGAACUUGGGCUAAUAUGGUAGAGCUGAAUCUAGGAACAAAUCAGUUAACAAUACUGUCUGAUGAUGUGCAGUGUCUUCAGAAUUUGGAAGUGUUGAUCCUGUCUAACAAUUUGCUAAAGAGAAUCCCACCAAGCAUUGGAAAUUUAAGGAAGCUGAGAGUGCUUGAUCUGGAAGAGAACAAAUUAGAAGUUUUGCCAAAUGAAAUUGGAUGCCUGCAAGAGUUGCAGAAGCUUAUAGUUCAGUCAAAUCAAGUGACAUCAUUACCCAGAUCAAUUGGGCAUUUGGCAAAUCUUACAUAUUUGAGUGUUGGAGAAAAUAAUUUGCAAUACAUACCUGAAGAAAUUGGCACACUGGAAAACCUAGAAACAUUAUACUUGAAUGAUAACCUAAAUCUUUGCAAUCUGCCAUUUGAGUUAGCUUUAUGUGCAAACUUACAAAUCAUGAGCAUUGAAAAUUGUCCAUUGACAUCAAUACCACCUGAAGUUGUAUCUGCUGGGCCAUCACUUGUUAUUCAGUACUUGAAGUCACAAGGUCCAUACAGAGCUAUGUGAUAUGAGGAUGAUGAAUGUAAACCUUCGACAUCAGGCUCCGAUGUUAAAUAAUUUUUAUUUAUUUUAGUGUAUAAACUUUUUUUUACCUUCUUCCAAGAUUCCACUGAUAGUGGUAAGAUUAUGAUGUUUAUUUUUGCUUAUUUUUUCAAAUUCAUUAUUUUGUUUGCAUAAGUUGAGUACUAUUUUAUACUAAGAUCUCAGUUCAAUUUGUUUCAAAUACCAUAAAAGGGUUAAAAUAUGUCUAGCAUGAUAUGACCUUCUCUCAUGGAAGGAUGGAACAGGGAUGGAACCUUGCCAUAUAUAUAAUAGUCUGUGUGAUAUCAGCAGGCAGUUGUCCCUAUCAAUAAGGUUCUUAACUGGUUAUUUUUUGAUUGAGUUAUACAUAUGAUAUUAUUCAAAUUUCAUUCUAUGGAGUGUUCAUUAUAUUGUCAAAUCUUUACUUAAGAACCCUAAUAAUAAUAUCAAUGUUACUUUGUAGGCGUAAAAUUCAAUGUGAACAAAAAAUAAUAGUAGAUAAUAUCAUUAUAGUAUCAUAUAAUUACAAAGAAAAUAUACAAAAAAACAUUGAUGUGUAGUUGUGUAUCUGUUAUUAAAUUUCAUCUCUUUCACUCAUAUGGAAAGUUAAGCCAAUACUAUGUGGUAUUAAACAUGUUCGAUAUUUCUCUACUGAAUGUCUAUCCCUCUUUCAUAUAAUCUUAUGGCAUAUUGUGCCAUUACUGUGGAGUUAAAACAUUUUGUGACUACAUGUAAUCAUUGUUAGCAUAUUAACACACCUAUGUUUUGAAUUAAAUGUAAUCUAUGCAUGUUUAUUAUGAUGUUAUAAAUGUAUACAAUGCUUAAUCAAUAUUGAUAUAUAAAUGUUUUCUUAAAAAAAUUGUAAAAAUAAUACAAAAAAUCUCCAGUGUUAAUCCAAUAAAAAUUCAAGCUAUGUGUCCCUUGAUUAUUAUUAUGAAUGUUUAAAAAACUGAUUACUAGUGUCAAAAUUACUUCUAAUGAUACUAUUAUGUAUAGAUGUAUGUUUCACACAUGGUGUGCCAUGAAUUAUAGUUGUAAGUUGUAUGAACAUUUAUAGUAUAGGAUAAAAUCCAUGUUUACUGAAUGUCAAAAGCUUUUAGGAUCUCAUGGUUUCCAAUAUUUUAUAUAGGACUUGAUUUUAUAGUAUUAUUGUGGCUUGAUUUUAUAAUAUAUAUCCUCAGUAGAUAAUAAUUAUUAUAGAAAUGAAGCAAAACUGUGUUGUAUUAUGUGGCAUUUACUAUUCUUAUGUUUUUCAUAUUAAGAUUUUUUGACUGUGUCUGGGAUAACUUUGUCCUUUUUUUUUUUUAUAGUUACAUAGUACCUAAUAAUUACUUUUUAACAUUUAUUAAAGAUUGAUGUUGUCUUGAUAGAAA